ACGUUUUGGAUCCGGCGUGGUAUUUCAGUAUGCCCGGGUAUACAUGGGAUUGCAUGCUUAGAUUCACAAAAUGUCGUUUAGAACUUUUGCGCGACAUUGACCAAAUUAUGUUUAUCGAGCGGGCUAUACGAGGUGGAAUUUCGGUGUGUGUUGGUAGAUAUGCGGAGGCCAACAAUAAAUAUAUGCCCAACUACGAUUCAUCCAGGGAUGAUUCCUAUAUCAUGUACUUUGACGUCAAUAACCUCUAUGGCAAGGCCAUGUGCGAGCCUCUUCCUUACGGAGGAUUCGACUGGAUGUCUCAUCAAGGGAUUGAUUCAUUUAAUGUCAUGAACAUUCCAGAUGAAUCUUCCCAAGGAUAUAUCCUAGAGGUAGACCUGGAAUACCCGCAGAAAUUACAUGACACACAUAGAGAUUUUCCAUUUUGUGCCGAACAUCGAGUGCCCCCCAAUUCAAAGUUACCAAAACUAAUGACUACUUUGUAUAAUAAAGAAAAAUACGUCAUACACUAUCGCAAUUUAAAACAGGCUCUCAAAAACGGUCUCGUACUAAAGAAAAUUCACAAAAUAUUAAAAUUUAACCAAUCUCGUUGGUUGAAAUGUUAUAUCGAUCAUAAUAAUAAAUUAAGAACCCAAGCAAAGACAAAAUUUGGUAUAAAUUUAUACAAAUUGUUUAAUAAUGCCGCUUACGGUAAAACAAUGGAAAACAUUCGCAAGCAUCGUAUUGUUAAAUUUGUUAAAGCGUGGGAUGGUCGCUACGGUGCGAAAAAUUUAAUUUCUAGUCCUAGAUUUCACAGUAGAACCAUACUUGAUAACAAUUUGUUGCUUAUAGAAUUAAAAAAAUCGGAACUUUGCUUUAAUAAGCCACUUUAUAUUGGAAUGUCCAUAUUGGAUUUGUCGAAAACGACCAUGUACGAGUUUCAUUAUAAUUACAUGCUUCCAAAUUUGGGUCCCGAAAAAUGUAAAAUUCAAUACAUGGAUACGGACAGUUUCAUUUAUAAUAUCAAAUGUUAUGACGCAUAUGAAAGCGUUAUUAAGGCCGAUUUAACAAAAUUUGACACGUCUGAUUAUCCUAAUGACAAUCCCUAUAAUAUACCGCAAAUCAACAAAAAGGUUUUGGGGUUGAUGAAGGAUGAGACUAAUGGCACCAUCAUUAGUCAUCUGGGUUAAGGUCGAAAAUGUAUACUUUCAAAAUUUUAACGGGUUCGGUAGUUAAAAAGUCAAAGGGUAUUCAGUACAAUAUUGUAAAAAAUAAAAUUUCAUUUGAUGACUACGUAGAAUGCUUAACAAAUUUUAGGGAAAAGUACGCCACUCAACGAACCAUUCGUUCAUACACUCACAAUGUAUUUAGCAUCGAACAAACAAAAGUUGCCUUGAGUCCUUUAGACGAUAAACGUUAUCUUUUGCCGAAUUCAUAUGAAACGCUUCCGUGGGGACAUUAUAAAGUGCCGUAAUUAUUUUUUAAUAUAUUUUUGUUACAGAUUAUGGUCAAACAACUUACAUUAGAAAGCCUUUGUAUUAUAACAAUUUGCGAAAAUAUUAGGUGUAGUGCUGAUUUUUUGCAUGGAGGUACCUUAAACAACUAGCGCUCCAGUCUGAUGGCAAUUCUUUAUUAAAUUUAGAAUUCAUUCUGUUGAAUAAGAGAUUUGGAUCGUCUUACAGAAAUAGCAUUUUGGCAACUCCAACCAUUGAUUUUGACGGAG